AUGGUGAGAGACGUGUUCCAGGAAAGACACAUGAAGAGCAUGAAAGAGAGCGGCAGCACCUCCUCUCUCCGCCUGCACAGUCAGAUGAGGGUCACCAUCACUGGAAUCCUGCAGGGAAUUCUAUACUUCCUAUACUUCCUUCCUUCCUUCCUUCUAUACUUCCUUUGUGCACUAGUACAUCUGCAACGUUUCCUGGGAUUUGUCAACUUUUACUGCUGCUUUAUCCGGAGCUACAGCACCUUGGCUUCCCACCUGUCUGCACUCAUUGUUCCCAAGGUUUCGUUCAUGUGGUUCCGAGCUGGUGACCGGGCGUUCCGGGAUCUCAAACACCGCUUCACCACAGCUCCCAUCUUGGUUAAUCCUGACCCGUCCCACCAGUUCGUGGUGGAAGCCGAUGCUUCGGAUGUCAGAGUGGGGGCUGUCCUGUCCCAGCGGUCUGCCUUGGACCUCAAGUUACAUCCCUGCACCUUCUUCUCCCACUCCCUCAACACCACGGAGAGGAACUACGAUGUGGGAAAUCGUGAGCUUUUCGCAGUGAAGAUAGCGUUGGAGGAGUAUAGGCACUGGCUGGAGGUGGCGGACCAUCCGUUCAUUGUGUGGACCGACCACAAGAACCUGGAAUAUCUCCGCACUGCCAAGUGCCUCAAUUCCAGGCAAGCUAGCCUGUCCUCCGGUUUCGACCCCCAGUCCAACAGCCAGUCGGAGCGAAUCAACCAGGACAUAAAGACUACUCUGCGCUGCCUGGUCUCUGCCAACCCCUCCACCUGGAGCCAGCGGAUUGCCACCCGACCCGGCUCCCCGGAAUCAUUUCGGGCAGAAGACCCUCAGAUAUUGACAGGGUUUCUUUUCCAUCACUUGAGCACCCAGAGUAACUCCCUCAUGUCAACCUCUGUUUGGCUAAAUUUUUUCUACUACACCCAGAUCGUCCCAGCCCAGCGAGCUCUCUUCAUCUGGGUGAAGAGGAACAUCAAAAUCAUAAUUUACUGGGGCCUGUUUGUCGACAGAGUUUUAUUUAUGUUUGACUUGGCAUCAGUCAUUUAUUAUGUCACCAUUACCGAAGGAAACGAUAACAUCACUUACACAUCCACAAACGACACUGUUUCUGGCUCUACAGAUGGACUGUAUUACACUGACCUGGUGUGUUUCUAUUCCAAAAUGAUCUACAUGUUUUUUUGUCUGUGUGUGAUGGUGGGGUCGAGCUGGGUCACAGUGUGCUACCUGCACAGACACAUGAAGCGCAUGAAAGAGAGCGGGAGCCCCUUCUCCUCUCCCCGCCUGCACAGUCAGAUGAGGGUCACCAUCACUGGGAUCCUGCAGGGAAUUCUCUACUUCCUUUGUGCGCUGUGGAUCUUCCUUAAUAUCUUCAGCGACAAUUACCCCUCCUCUAUAAAAUUUGACUAUAAUACUUACUACACUGUCAUCUCUCUCUACAUGUUUAGCACCACUGUUAACCUUGGUAUCGGUCAGUCUGUUUUCAGACAGAGGGCAGCUGAUAUUUGGCUCAAAGCUCAACAGGCUGCAAGGUCAUUAUGCAAACCAGGUCAUGGUACAUUUAAGAUCGUCACUGAUUUCAUCAGCUCCAAAAUUUCACCUAGUUCAGAUUUUGACAAUAAUUUGAAUAUUUUCCACACAGUUGUCUCUCUCUACAUGCUUGUCACCACUGUAUACCUGGGUAUUGGUCAGUCUGUUUUCAGACAGAGGGCAGCUGAUAUUUGGCUCAAAGCCCAACAAGCUGUAAGGUCUUUGAAGUUGUGUGGAUAAAGGAUGAAACAAUCGCAGUUAUAAGACAUUGUGUUAAGAUAAAAAGGAAGAUAAAGGGCCAGCUUCAUGGACACAGAUUAAUAUCAGAUUUAAUCAAUAUUAUAAUGGCACCUUGACUUCAUAUUCAGUACAUUGCAUCAAUUAUUUCUGGACUAUGAUUAAUAAUCUUCCUCUGGAAAUAUUGAAUCACAGAACAUAGGCUAAGGGUUAAAUCUGGGAUUUUGUUUGUCCAUAAA